CAUGGCUCUGGGCUCGUAGAAGGCUCCAGAUAAACAUGGCGGCGUACAUGCGACUGUGGGCUCCGUACAGACAGGCGCUGCAGACCCGCUCCAGCGCCUUCAGCGCUGAAAUCAGAGCGCUGUUCCGGAGCCAGACACCCGGCCACAGCGGGCAAACCCCGACCCGAGCGUAUGCCUACAGCUCCGGCCUCAAGCCGCUGUGCGGCAUCGGUUCUCCUCCAGCGGCGGGCGUCAGGGCAUGGAGCCGGGUCUCCGCCGUCCUCCCCGGGUGGAGGGACGCCUCAGGACCCGGUUGGUCGGUCAGCUCCGAGCGCAGGGGCUAUAUGAUGGGGAACCGGGGCAGCGGACCCGGCGGGCUGUCCGGGGAGGAUGGAGCGGAGAGCAGCGGGGCUGGCCCGGAUGAUGCGGGCGGGGAUGGAGAGGGAGGCGGGUAUGGAGCUCCUCAGAUGACCGCUUUGACACCUAUGAUGGUGCCAGAGGUUUUUCCUAACGUUCCUCUGAUCGCAGUCACCAGGAACCCUGUUUUCCCACGUUUCAUAAAGAUCAUCGAGGUGAAAAAUAAGCAGCUGAUGGACUUGCUGAGAAGAAAAGUACGACUUGCUCAGCCAUACGCCGGUGUCUUUCUCAAGAAGGAUGAUGGUGAUGAGUCAGAUGUUGUGGCAAAUUUGGAUGCCGUCUACAACACAGGGACUUUUGUUCAGAUCCAUGAGAUGCAGGACCUUGGCGACAAACUUCGCAUGAUUGUAAUGGGACACAGAAGAAUUCGCAUCACUAAGCAGCUGGAUGUUGAUGAUGAGUCAGUGGAUUCAGAGGAGGAAUCGAAGACGCCACGGAGGAAGUCGAAGCGGACCCGCAGGGACUCGGCCUCUCUGGCUGAUUCGAUGGCGGAGAGAGUGCAGGACGCUGAGUUUGUGGUGGAGGCUGUGCCUCUGCCUGAGGUGCUCAUGGUGGAGGUGGACAACGUUGUACACGAGGAGUUCCAGGUCACAGAAGAGGUCAAGGCACUAACAGCAGAGAUCGUGAAGACCAUCCGUGACAUCAUCGCUUUGAAUCCUCUCUACAGGGAAUCUGUUCUGCAGAUGAUGCAGGCUGGACAGAGAGUCGUGGACAACCCUAUCUAUUUAAGUGACAUGGGGGCUGCACUAACUGGAGCAGAGUCACAUGAGUUACAGGAUGUGUUGGAAGAAACCAACAUCCCCAAACGACUGUACAAAGCCCUCUCACUGCUGAAGAAAGAGUACGAGUUGAGCAAACUGCAGCAGCGCCUUGGAAGAGAGGUUGAAGAGAAGAUCAAGCAAACCCACAGAAAGUACCUCCUGCAGGAGCAGCUCAAGAUCAUAAAGAAGGAGCUGGGGCUGGAGAAGGAGGACAAGGACGCCAUUGAGGAGAAGUUCCGUGAGAGGCUGAAGGACCGCACAGUGCCCCAGCACAUCAUGGAGGUCAUUAAUGAGGAGCUGAACAAACUGUCUCUGCUGGAUAAUCACUCCUCAGAAUUCAAUGUCACAAGGAACUACUUGGACUGGCUGACCUCCAUGCCCUGGGGCACCAACAGUGUGGAGAACCUGGAACUGGUCAGAGCCCAAGAAGUGCUGGAGGAGGAUCAUUAUGGAAUGGAUGACGUGAAAAAGCGUAUUCUUGAGUUUAUAGCAGUUAGCCAGCUGAGAGGCAGCACACAGGGAAAGAUCCUGUGUUUCUAUGGGCCUCCCGGUGUGGGGAAGACCAGCAUCGCCCGCUCCAUUGCCAGAGCACUUAAUCGAGAGUACUUCCGCUUCAGCGUGGGCGGCAUGACAGACGUGGCUGAAAUAAAGGGCCACAGGAGGACUUAUGUUGGUGCUAUGCCUGGAAAAAUUAUUCAGUGUUUAAAGAAGACAAAGACGGAAAAUCCUCUGGUUCUCAUUGAUGAGGUGGACAAGAUAGGCAGGGGUUACCAAGGUGAUCCAUCAUCUGCACUCCUGGAGCUUUUGGACCCGGAACAGAAUGCAAAUUUCCUUGACCAUUAUUUAGAUGUGCCUGUGGACCUCUCUAAGGUUCUGUUUAUUUGUACUGCCAAUGUAUUAGACACCAUUCCAGAGCCUUUACGAGACCGAAUGGAAAUGAUCAAUGUGUCCGGCUACGUAGCUCAGGAGAAACUGGCCAUCGCAGAGAAAUAUUUGGUGCCUCAGUUGCGAGUACUUUGUGGUUUAGAUGAACAGAAGACUAGCAUCUCCUCCGAGGCUCUAAAUGUUCUCAUCCGCCAGUACUGCAGAGAGAGUGGAGUCAGGAACCUGCAGAAGCAGGUGGAGAAGGUAUUCCGUAAAGCAGCAUUCCGCAUUGUUAAUGGAGAGGAGACCAAUGUUAAUGUAACGGCCGAAAAUCUACAAGACUAUGUUGGGAAACCCCUCUUCACAGUGGACCGAAUGUAUGAUGUCACUCCACCAGGGGUGGUUAUGGGCCUGGCAUGGACAGCUAUGGGUGGCUCCACGCUGUUCAUCGAGACGUCCCUGAGGAGACCGAGGACCUCCAAGGGGAAAGACGGACCCUCUGAAGGCUCACUAGAGGUCACAGGGCAGCUUGGAGACGUGAUGAAGGAGAGCGCAAAGAUUGCCUACACAUUCGCUCGCUCUUUCCUCAUGAAGCAUCAGCCGGAAAACGACUUCCUUGUUGGUUCCCAUGUACAUUUACACGUACCUGAGGGCGCCACUCCUAAAGAUGGGCCAAGUGCAGGCUGUACUAUAGUCACAGCCCUGCUGUCUUUAGCUACAAACACACCAGUGCGUCAGAACGUGGCCAUGACUGGAGAAGUGUCCCUGACCGGGAAGAUUCUGCCUGUUGGAGGCAUCAAGGAAAAGACCAUUGCGGCGAAGAGAGCUGGCGUAGACUGCAUUAUCCUCCCUGCAGAGAACAAGAAAGACUUCUCAGAUCUGGCUGAGUACAUCACUGAGGGCCUGGAGGUGCAUUUUGUUGAACAUUAUCAGGAGAUUUACAAGAUCGUGUUCCCAGGACAAUGAAGAACAUCAGCAAUCUUAUCAGCUUAAUCGAAGAUGCAGUCAAGUGUACGAAGUCUGAAGAGAACACUGACAUACACAAGCCAAAUGAGGUUCUUUUUUCUAGCACUUACAGACACAGAACCUCGCUGUCAGAAGGCUGCAAGCUGAACAAUGAGGAGAGCUGUAGAUCAUGAGAUGGAGAUAUUGCUGCUAAGCAGCCUGUAAUUCAACACUUCAGUCAAUCUUGUGAGAAGAAAUCAUUUGAAAACUUGCAUUUCUGCUGAUUCCUCUCCUUGUAAUUACCAAUGUUUAUCUUAAUAUAUUGUCUAUAAUUUUGAA